UCCUCCAGUCUUAGCAUUAAACCCACUUCUUCAACCUCAACCUUACAAAGCCUUAGUAGCUAGAGAGUGAGUGUUUAAAGAUGCAAAAACCAUCGUGCCUCUCUCUACUUCUUGGUCUUUUGCUCUUCUUUGUUUUUGCCUCAUCUUUUGUAGAUGCAAAAAUUCACCACCAUGACUUUGUGGUUCAAGAAACGGCAGUGAAGAGGCAGUGCAAUAGCCAUAAUAGAAUCACAGUGAAUGGAAUGUUUCCAGGGCCAACAUUGGAAGUUAACAAUGGAGACACUUUAGAAGUCAACGUCGUAAAUAAAGGACAAUAUAAUGUCACUAUCCAUUGGCAUGGUGUUCGACAACUGCGAUCAGGAUGGGCGGAUGGGCCUGAAUUCGUGACCCAAUGCCCCAUCAGGCCUGGCGGGAGUUACACCUACCGAUUCACAAUCCAGGGACAGGAAGGGACAUUGUGGUGGCAUGCUCACAGCUCAUGGCUAAGAGCCACUGUUUAUGGAGCUCUUAUUAUCCAACCCCAGGAUGGUUCUUCCUACCCAUUCACAACCCCUAACCGACAAGCUCCCAUUCUUCUUGGAGAAUGGUGGAACUCGAACCCCAUUGAUGUAGUCAGAGAGGCGACCCGAACCGGAGGCACUCCAAACGUCUCUGAUGCCUACACCAUCAACGGUCAACCGGGCGACCUCUACAACUGCUCCAGCCCUCAAGACACGGUGGUGAUUACGGUGGAUUCCGGCGAGACGAACCUCCUACGGGUGAUCAAUGCGGCGCUGAACCAACAGCUCUUCUUCACAGUUGCCAACCACAAGCUCACGGUGGUGGGUGCCGAUGCUUCCUACUUAAAGCCUUUCACCACCUCAGUCCUCAUGCUGGGGCCAGGUCAGACCACCGACAUCCUCAUCACAGCCGAUCAGACCCCUGCCCGCUACUACAUGGCAGCCCGUGCCUACAACAGCGCUCAGGGCGCACCUUUCGAUAACACCACUACCACCGCCAUCCUCGAAUACAAGUCCGCACCUUGCCUGGCCAAUAACUCCUCCUGCUCCACUCCCCCAGUCUUACCCUCCUUGCCCGCCUACAACGACACCAACACUGCCACCGCCUUCGCCGCUAGCUUCAGAAGUCGAACCAAGGUCCAAGUCCCCACCGACAUCGACCAAAACUUGUUCUUCACCGUCGGUUUGGGGCUCCUCAACUGUCCACCGGGGGCCAGUGCUAGCAACUGUCAAGCCCCCAAUCGAACCCGCUUCAUUGCUAGCAUGAACAACGUUUCUUUUGCUCUCCCCUCCAAUUUCUCCCUUCUCCAAGCCCACCAGCAAAGCAUCCCAGGAGUGUUCACUACCGAUUUCCCGGCAGCCCCGGCUGUGCAAUUCGACUAUACCGGUAACGUUAGCCGGUCACUCUGGCAACCUGUUCGAGGGACCAAGUUGUACAGGUUGAAGUAUGGUUCCGGGGUGCAAAUAGUCUUGCAGGGUACCAGCAUCUUCACUGCGGAGAACCAUCCCAUUCAUCUUCAUGGCUAUGACUUCUACAUCAUUGCCCAGGGUUUUGGGAAUUUCAAUCCUAAAACUGAUACUUCCAAAUUCAACCUCGUUGAUCCGCCACUGAGGAAUACUGUUGGAGUACCUGUGAAGGGAUGGGCUGUGAUUCGAUUCAUCGCUGAUAACCCAGGAGUUUGGCUGAUGCAUUGUCACUUGGACGUUCAUCUCAAUUGGGGAUUGGCUACGGCUUUUCUGGUUGAGGAUGGUGUUGGAGAGUUACAGUCCUUACAGCCACCUCCAGAUGAUCUACCCAUUUGUUAGGCAAUAAAAUAUGCCCAACUCUCUCUCUUUCUCUUUCUGUGCCUAAAGCUGAUUCCAUCAAUCAUCAUCACCAGUACAGAAGCAGAACUUUGGGCUAGAGAAGGUCCCUGGCCAAGUAAUUAGGUCGAUGCAAAACUAGUUCUUUAAAAGUCCAGUAGUUAUAGUCCAUGUGUUCUAGGAACAUUUUAUCUAGUUAAUUGGGCUGGGUCAAACAAAUCGCAGAAAGGAUGCAACAUUUGAGGACCCCUGUGGAGCCCACCGUUUUAUUGUUUUAUUACGUUGCUUCAUUUUUGCAAAACACUGUAGAAGGUUGAUACAAUUUUUUGGAUAAUCAGUAUUUGUAAUUCCUAUUAUAUAAUCUAUCAGCAAUGAAUAAAUAAAAAAGAAUAGUUGAGCUAUUUUGACAA